AUGGCAGGCGCCUGGGAAUUGCACAGAAGUGAAGAAUUACAGCUGCCUCACCCGGCGCAUCCAGAAGAAGGUCAUGGUGGACUAGUCUACACCAUCAAAUUACGAGGCUCAUACCUGGUCUCUGGCUCUGCCGAUAAGACAGUGCGAGUGUGGAACGCUGAUACACAACGCUUGAUACGUGGACCACUAUGGGGUCAUGAGGGAAGUGUGAUAUGCUUGGAUUUUGACGACAGUCCUGGCCAGGAUGUUAUUAUAUCUGGGAGUGCCGACAGGAGCAUACUUGUGUGGCAGUUCUCCACUGGAAAUGCCAUCAAGAGGCUGGAAAAUGCUCAUGAAAGUACCAUUCUCAGCCUUGCCUUUGAUCACAGGCUGCUGGUGACUGGGAGCAGAGACACAACAAUCAAGCUUUGGGAUCGAGCUUCAAUAGCACUGCCUGGCUCAGAGCUUCCUAAUUACAUGCACACCUCUAUCAUGGAGACAGAGGCUCCUAUCUCGCCCUAUCAUCCCCUAGCCACGCUGAAAGAAGGCCAUGCAGCUGUGAAUAGCGUGCUUCUUGAUGGUGAUAUCACCAUCUCUGGGUUUGGCAACCGCUCCAUAGCAGUCUGGAACCUGCAAACUGGGCAGCUCAUUCGCAAGAUUCUGACGCACACAAGCGGUAUAACUGAUUUGCUUUACGAUGGUCGUUACAUAGUAUCAGCUUCGUCAGACAACACUUGCCGAAUAUACGACACGCAAACGGACACCGAGGUCACCUGUCUUCGAGGCCACACUAACAUUGUUCGAUCUGUGCGUCUUGUGCCUGGUAAGCGUUCUGCAAUCUGUGGCGUGGUCACAGGCAGCUUCGACAGCACAAUCCGACACUGGGCGCCGCGGAAGAACGGUGAGUGGGAGUGUCGAGCCACGUUGGAAACCCAUGGCUUUCGGCUCGACAGGACAGUGAACAGUUCCGCUAGCAAGAAUUCAACAGAAGAUGAGACGCCCAGGAUCUUUGACAUUACACUUGACACAAAAAGAGUUGCAGCUGCAGGUUUCGGACCAGUGAUCAAGAUGUGGAGACUCUCGACACCUUGACCUGACACGAAAGAGCUAGGAUAACUAUGAAGACAAUGAACUUGAUUCCAGCUAGGGCUCCCCAGGGUUCAAAAAAGAUCUCUAUUCCUUCUUACUAUUCAGUCUGUCAUUUAUUUGUUUAUCUUUUAUUGAUUACCCAGUUGUCAUCUACUUCUCUGCCUGUUCCUCUCCUACUAUUCUGUCUUCUAUAUGUCUUUCAUUCUUCUUAUUCUAUUUUUAUAUAUUUCCCCCUCUUUAUGAGAUAUCACAUCCUAACUUGAUUAUGGCAAAUCCUGUGCGGGGGCACUGCGAAACCCCGGUUUCCCUACUAUCUCCUGUCUUAGAACGGCGUAGGGCCGCGGCCUCCGCCUGUGAUGUUCACGGAACAAUGGACGUGAUGGAUUCUCAGAGCAGACAGCUGAAUCCAC